AUGUCGUUGGAGAAGAAGAAGAGAGACGAAGACGUCUCGGAGAAGUCUCUUUACAAAGACAUCAACUCAAGGCAGAUGAUGAGAGCCACGGCCACGGUGCUAGCCCUUGUGGCAAUCAUCAUUUGGGGUGCUGGAUUCCUCAUAAACGCUAUGGACAACUUUUCAAGCCAUCACAGCGCAUUUUUGCCCACCAGAAGCAAUGGAAGUGUCUAUAAGUCUCCUCCCCUACUAACGAAUGAGCAUUCCCAUGAAAGUGGAAACGGCAAGCCUUCAUUGACACUAGAGGAUAUCCGUGAGGGUAAAUUCCGUGCCCAGUACAGACAUUUGCAGUGGAUUUCCGCUCCAGGGUCUUCCCUUCAUGAUCAAGGAACGUACCUUUUGGAAGAUAAAACUGGUGACAAUGUCACGUAUGUCGUCAAAAGCAUUUUAGAUAGCGACUACCACUAUGUGCUUCACAACGGAAGCAGCUUCGCUUUUGGCGGAAAAGUGUACGAAAUAGACUCUUUGACAGCAUCUCCGGACCUUACAAAGGCCAUUUUAAAGACAAACACCAAAAAGAAUUGGAGACACUCGUCAUUUGCUCUUUACUGGGUCCUCGACGUGACUUCUCAAAGCAUUGAGCCGUUGUUUAAUACUGAAGCUUUGGUAUCGGUGUCAAAAUGGGCACCAACGUCGGAUAAAAUUGCUUUUGUCUAUGAAAACAACGUGUACAUCAAGUAUCUUGAAACAGACUUUAUCAAACAAGUCACAUUUGAUGGUGACAAUAACACCUUUUACGGGAUUCCCGACUGGGUUUAUGAAGAAGAGGUUUUCGCUUCAGAUAUUGUUUUGUGGUGGUCCCCUCAAGGUGAUAAGGUAGGGUUUUUGAAAUUUAACGAUACACACGUUCCCGAUUUCACAAUCCCAUAUUAUGUGCAAGAGGGAUUCGAAGAGUACCCUGAAUUGGUUUCCAUAAAGUACCCUAAACCAGGAUACCCAAAUCCUGAGGUUGAUUUGGUUCUUUACAAUGUUGACGAAACCGAUGAUAGUGCCCAAAUAAUGAAGCUUCACACAUCCUUUGACGAUAAGCUAAUCACUGAGGUCCUUUGGGUGUCUGAUGAGUAUUUAUUGGUGAAGACAACGAACAGAGCUAGUGACAUAAUGGAAAUAUUUAUGGUAUCCAGCAAGGAAGGGUCGGAAGGAAAGUUAGUAAGAAAGCAUCACGCUAAAAGCUCCUGGUUCGAGGUCACUUCGAACGCCAUCUACAUUCCUAGUGAUAAGUCGGCUGGCAGGCCACAUGACGGUUAUAUCGAUCUUGUUGUGCACGAUGGCUAUAAUCAUUUGGCUUACUUCUCUCCACCUGAUAACGCAGAAGGCAAACUUCUUACAUCGGGACAGUGGGAGGUAUUGAGUAACGUUUUCGAUUUUCUGACGAAUAAGAUCUAUUUCCAAUCCACUUACAAGUCGUCUGUGGAAAGACACUAUUACUCAUUGGACCUUACCGAGGCCAUCAAGCUGCCAAGUAUCAUUGAGUUCAAGAACUUGACUGAUGUCAGCUCUGAUGGGUGGUAUGAAGCAUCCUUUUCGUCAGGUGCGAAGUUUGCACUUGUUUCAAACCUAGGACCUCAUGUUCCAUAUCAGCAUUUGAUUGACCUACAUUCGCAUGAGGUUGUUGAGGAAGUUGAGCGUAACGAUGAAGUUGAGAAAAAUUUGAAUAAUUAUCGACUUCCUUCCACAGAUUUCUUUGUUGUUGACUUGGGUAAGGAUGUUGAUACAGGUGACAGUAUUUUGGCAAACGCUAUGGAAACCAAGCCCCAUGAUUUUGAUCCUUCUAAAAAGUACCCAGCUCUCUUUUUCGUGUAUGGAGGACCUGGAUCUCAGACUGUAAAGAAGACAUUUGACAUUGGCUUCAGUCAGGCUAUCUCAUCUGAACUUGAUGCCAUAGUUGUGACUGUUGAUGGUAGAGGUACCGGGUACAAUAACAAUAACCAAGUACUCGGGUCCGAUUUUAAAUUUAUUGUUCGUGACCGUCUUGGCCAUUUCGAACCAAUUGACCAAAUUGCUGCUGCGUCUAUUUGGGCUAAGAAAUCUUACGUUGACAAGGAGAGGAUCGCCAUCUGGGGCUGGUCUUACGGAGGCUUUCUUACUCUAAAAACAUUGGAAACUGACUACUCAAACAGGGUCUUUUCUUAUGGUGUUUCAGUGGCACCAGUCACCAAGUGGAAGCUUUAUGACACAAUCUACACCGAAAGAUAUUUGAGGAGCCCUCAAGAGAACCCUGAUGGUUAUCAAAGUGCCAGUAUAUUCAACAUCACGAAUUUCAAAGAUGUGAAGAGGUUUUUAAUCAUGCAUGGAUCAGGCGACGACAAUGUUCAUUUCCAGAACAGUCUCAAUCUUCUUGACGACUUCAAUUUGGCUGGAGUUGAAAACUUUGACUUCAUGGUAUUUCCUGACUCCGAUCAUUCCAUCAAAUACCACAACGGCAAUGUUGUUGUAUUUGAUAGAAUUAAGAGCUGGCUAAAGAGAGCCUUCGCUGGAGAAUUCUCAUAA